AUGAGACGAAGGCAAGGAGACGAAGGCAAGGAGACGAAGGCAAGGAGACGAAGGCAAGGAGACGAAGGCAAGGAGACGAAGGCAAGGAGACGAAGGCAAGGAGACGAAGGCAAGGAGACGAAGGCAAGGAGACGAAGGCAAGGAGACGAAGGCAAGGAGACGAAGGCAAGGAGACGAAGGCAAGGAGACGAAGGCAAGGAGACGAAGGCAAGGAGACGAAGGCAAGGAGACGAAGGCAAGGAGACGAAGGCAAGGAGACGAAGGCAAGGAGACGAAGGCAAGGAGACGAAGGCAAGGAGACGAAGGCAAGGAGACGAAGGCAAGGAGACGAAGGCAAGGAGACGAAGGCAAGGAGACGAAGGCAAGGAGACGAAGGCAAGGAGACGAAGGCAAGGAGACGAAGGCAAGGAGACGAAGGCAAGGAGACGAAGGCAAGGAGACGAAGGCAAGGAGACGAAGGCAAGGAGACGAAGGCAAGGAGACGAAGGCAAGGAGACGAAGGCAAGGAGACGAAGGCAAGGAGACGAAGGCAAGGAGACGAAGGCAAGGAGACGAAGGCAAGGAGACGAAGGCAAGGAGACGAAGGCAAGGAGACGAAGGCAAGGAGACGAAGGCAAGGAGACGAAGGCAAGGAGACGAAGGCAAGGAGACGAAGGCAAGGAGACGAAGGCAAGGAGACGAAGGCAAGGAGACGAAGGCAAGGAGACGAAGGCAAGGAGACGAAGGCAAGGAGACGAAGGCAAGGAGACGAAGGCAAGGAGACGAAGGCAAGGAGACGAAGGCAAGGAGACGAAGGCAAGGAGACGAAGGCAAGGAGACGAAGGCAAGGAGACGAAGGCAAGGAGACGAAGGCAAGGAGACGAAGGCAAGGAGACGAAGGCAAGGAGACGAAGGCAAGGAGACGAAGGCAAGGAGACGAAGGCAAGGAGACGAAGGCAAGGAGACGAAGGCAAGGAGACGAAGGCAAGGAGACGAAGGCAAGGAGACGAAGGCAAGGAGACGAAGGCAAGGAGACGAAGGCAAGGAGACGAAGGCAAGGAGACGAAGGCAAGGAGACGAAGGCAAGGAGACGAAGGCAAGGAGACGAAGGCAAGGAGACGAAGGCAAGGAGACGAAGGCAAGGAGACGAAGGCAAGGAGACGAAGGCAAGGAGACGAAGGCAAGGAGACGAAGGCAAGGAGACGAAGGCAAGGAGACGAAGGCAAGGAGACGAAGGCAAGGAGACGAAGGCAAGGAGACGAAGGCAAGGAGACGAAGGCAAGGAGACGAAGGCAAGGAGACGAAGGCAAGGAGACGAAGGCAAGGAGACGAAGGCAAGGAGACGAAGGCAAGGAGACGAAGGCAAGGAGACGAAGGCAAGGAGACGAAGGCAAGGAGACGAAGGCAAGGAGACGAAGGCAAGGAGACGAAGGCAAGGAGACGAAGGCAAGGAGACGAAGGCAAGGAGACGAAGGCAAGGAGACGAAGGCAAGGAGACGAAGGCAAGGAGACGAAGGCAAGGAGACGAAGGCAAGGAGACGAAGGCAAGGAGACGAAGGCAAGGAGACGAAGGCAAGGAGACGAAGGCAAGGAGACGAAGGCAAGGAGACGAAGGCAAGGAGACGAAGGCAAGGAGACGAAGGCAAGGAGACGAAGGCAAGGAGACGAAGGCAAGGAGACGAAGGCAAGGAGACGAAGGCAAGGAGACGAAGGCAAGGAGACGAAGGCAAGGAGACGAAGGCAAGGAGACGAAGGCAAGGAGACGAAGGCAAGGAGACGAAGGCAAGGAGACGAAGGCAAGGAGACGAAGGCAAGGAGACGAAGGCAAGGAGACGAAGGCAAGGAGACGAAGGCAAGGAGACGAAGGCAAGGAGACGAAGGCAAGGAGACGAAGGCAAGGAGACGAAGGCAAGGAGACGAAGGCAAGGAGACGAAGGCAAGGAGACGAAGGCAAGGAGACGAAGGCAAGGAGACGAAGGCAAGGAGACGAAGGCAAGGAGACGAAGGCAAGGAGACGAAGGCAAGGAGACGAAGGCAAGGAGACGAAGGCAAGGAGACGAAGGCAAGGAGACGAAGGCAAGGAGACGAAGGCAAGGAGACGAAGGCAAGGAGACGAAGGCAAGGAGACGAAGGCAAUGA